UUAGCUGACACCGUGUGAUAUGAAUAGGAUAAAGCACGACUCCGAGGUUUUGCUUGGGGAUGUAAAACCCGAGUCGACAGGGGAGAGGAAAUGUAAGACCGAGGGCGAAGCCCCGAGGUCUUACAUUUCCGAUCCCCGAUCGCCGAGUGUUUUACAUCCCCAAGCAUAACCGAGGAGGAGUGUUUAUCUAGCUUAGAAACCGUGGGGAAAUUUUCUUUAUAUUGUCCUGAAAAAUUCGAGUGUAUGAGAACUACGUUUUGAUUCGCUGUAAUGACGUCAGAUCAUGCAUGUGCCCAUUAUCACGCACUGCACGUGCAGAUUGCUAGUACUUGGGAGAGGUUUUACAAUUGUCAUUUCACGUGACCAGCUUUUUUUUAAACGUGCGCAUUCCCACAGUAACCACACACUUUUACCGUGAACUUGAUGAGCGACGAGGACAUCUUUCUAACCCAUGCUCAGAAAAUGGACGCUUUCUACUACUCACCAUUAGUGAAACCCAAGGCAGACAGAUGGUUAAGCAAUUUCCCGAUAGGACACAACACGCUUCAAGGCAUAAUCAAGCGACUGUGUCGGAAUGCAGGAAUCGAGGGAAAGCGAACAAAUCACUCUCUCAGGGCAACAUCCGCCACCAGACUAUACAGAGCCAACGUUGAUGGGCAACUUAUUUGCGAGCAGACAGGCCAUCGAAGCGAAACUGUGCGCACUUAUAAAUGGACAUCCGAAGAUCAGAAACUGCUGGUGUCGGACAUCAUCUAUGGUGGGGGAAAGCAGAAAAAGUCUGUUACUGCCACUGCCACGAGACCAUCUCCAGAUGAUGCUACUGCGCCGCCGUCAAUUGCUACUGCUACUGCUAUCCCGUCAUCUGCAGCACCGCCACCAGCCGUUUCCAGUGAAAAUGUCUCUGAUCACGACUUGCGAGAGAAAACCAAAAAGAGACGCUUCGCGGAAUAUUUGUGUCACAUUCAACUUCAGCUGAACUGUAAAUGGCAUGGUUUAUGGCAUCUCAGAAUAAAUAUUGAAACGUGUGUGUUGAUUUAUUUUAAAGAACUAAUCCGCUACCCCACGCCUGGUUUGCGCCAUGGGUCAGGUCAAUAAAUCUCUUGGUAAAACCUCUCCAGCGACGGACAGGUCAAUAAACAACCUGAACAACUCUACCAGAAAGGGACAAGUUAAUAAAUCUUCAGUAUGGACCUCCCUCUGAUCAGCAAGUAUACUUGUUGGAUAAUCAGUAGUGAGCGGUACAUGCAGACUGGCGGUCAUUCCACGAUAGCAAUGCACCCACGAAACAAUAGACAUAAUUUACCCUAGGU